UUGACGUUUCCUGGAGUGCUGCGGCCCCGACCUGCGCAGGAUGGACCCUGUUGUUCUCAGUUACAUGGACAGUUUGCUGAGGCAGUCGGACGUUGCCUUGCUGGAGCCUCCAAACUGGCUCAACGAUCACAUCAUCGGGUUUGCCUUUGAGUACUUCGCCAACCACCAGUUCCAAGAAUUUAGUGAUCAGGUUUGUUUUAUCAGCCCCGAAGUGGCUCAGUUCAUUAAGUGUGCCCUUAGUCAAGAAGAAAUAGCCAUAUUCCUUCAACCGCUGGACCUUCUCCACAAGAAGCUGGUGUUCUUGCCUAUCAACGAUAACUCCAACCAGGUCGCUGGGGGCACCCACUGGAGCUUACUGGUUUAUUUCAGGGAUAAAAAGUGCUUCGCCCAUUACGAUUCCCACAGUAAAUGCAACUCCGUCCACGCCAAGCAAGUGGCGGGGAAGCUGGAGGCCUUCUGGGGCAAAAGAGGGGGCAAAGCAACCUUCGUGGAGGAGAAGGCGCCUGCCCAGCAGAACAGCUAUGACUGUGGGAUGUACGUCAUCUGCAACGCGGAGGCUCUGUGUCAGGGAUACUUCAGGGGCCGGCCGGAGCCUUUGCUGCAGCUCCUCACUCCCUCCUACAUCACGCAGAAGAGAGCGGAGUGGAAAGCUCUCGUCACGAAACUGGCACAGAAGUUCUCGAUGCAGCUCCCCCCCCCCCCCCAAAAAACUGCCUUCCCCUUCCGCGAGGCAGCACCCCCAGUGCCUGAGGGAGAUGCCCAUGCGCAGGAUUGUCAAAAAGAAGAAUGUAACCCCUCCAGCAUGGCUACAGCCCCCAAACACCCUGUUCCCUCCUGGAAAAGCCUUAGUCCCCUCUGGAAAUCACUGGCCUUUGAACUUCUAACCAGAAAAGUCACUUUGCUUUCAAAGAAAUCAAUCCUCCUCUCCACGGUGAGUUUUUACGCUAAUCGCUGUGGCAAAAUGGGUUGCUAAAGAGACCUCUCCGCCUUUGCCCAGCAGGCAACAUGCCCUCGUUAGGUGGCUUUACCUGGCUACCGGCAUCGCUGUUCCAAGCCAGGUUUAGCAAAUGCCCUUUAAAACCAAGCCCCCAAACGCUUUAUCGUGGCUAUUUCUAAUUUGUGCCUCCGCUAGCGGUAUUUGAGCGGUCUAGGAUUUAGCAGCAAGGAUUUUUUUUUACCCCUGAAAAGCUGACGCUGAGCUGUCGAUGUCAAAAGAUGAGACUCCAAAGGAAAUGCUACGAUUAAUUAAAGAAUGGGACAAAAAGAAAAUCGGUUUUCUUCAGAUAGGUGCUCCUAGGCUGUACGGCGAUAGCUUUUUUUUUUUUCUGUCCCCCACCCCUGCUCGCUCUUAUUACAAAUUAAAACCUGACUCUGAACUGCUGGAAGAUUAAUAGGAAGCUGAGAAACCCAAUCCUGGAAAGGAAAUUUAAUCGAGAUGAAAAGUGACACUCGCCCUUUGAAGUUUUGUUGGUUUGGUUUUUUUUUUCAUUAGGAUUUUAGGUCAUCUCCAUUUGGGGAGGGUUCGUCAGCGCUCCCCAACCCUCGUUAGUGUUUGCCACGCUCAGAGCGUACAAGGCGGUCACUGCUUCCUCUAGCACAAAACCAGUUCUGUUACUCGAGAUAAAAAAACACACCAGGGAGAACAAAAGGACAGAGUUUGAGUUAUAAAAGCCAAAGAUAACUGCAGUCUCCUUGAAGCCUGAGAAGUCCUUAAUACGCUUCUAAUCGAAACGCUUUUCCUCCUGUGCUGGGUGAUGGCUGGGAUCCCAGAGCAGAUCCUCUCGUUAAAAGACAGGCUUAGCAGUGGGGAAAAUAAAAUGAGAUGUCGUUGCAGGAUAAGAAGUAAUCGCUAACCUCAUGAGGAGCAAAGAGGAGGUCGCUCGGGUGGCGUCUAGCAGAGCAACCGCACCCCAGCGCGCCGACUGGAUCGGGGAAAUCCAGGUUAAAUCUAACCCUCGGAAAAGGGGGAAGGAUUAUUUUGAACCCUGAGCUCUUCACCCAUCUUAUUGCCAGCCCAGCCCCACCGGCGUGUGUACCAGCACAGCCCCGAGGGUGGUGGACUGUAGGAAGGUCUGAAACUUCCCUUGCUGCUGAGAGGGAGGUAAGUAGCCACAGCCCAGGCUCUCCCAAAACACCCGAGCAAACACAGACAGCGGAGGGGCAAAAUGAGGGUCGGGGUCGUUCCCGUCCUUCCUAGGCUGCUCGGAUGGGAGAGCAGCCAGCGGGCCAGGGCAUCCGGCCUUCCCGGGAAAACCCCUUCCACCGCUCGGAUGGAGCCGAAAUGGCAUCGAGCCGCUCGCCGAAGGGGAUUCGCAUGGGGCUUCGCCGGAGCAACGUUACUGCCACCGCGGGAGGCUGCCUUUCUCCCGGGUCCGGAAUAAAACUCAAACCAAACCGUG